AUGGACCUGUGCAUUCUGCCGGCAGUGGAGCUGGAGGAGUCGUACUUCGUCACCACGUCGUAUCCGUCGCAUUCGCGCCCGCGGUCGCGUCCGCGGGUCCUGCCCGAGCUUGCCAUCUUUCACACCGAUGGACCUACGUUGCUCGAGAACUUGCGUGAGCGCGAGGCCAAGCGCGUGACGCUUGACGAGUCUGCGGCAUCGAGCGCCCACUAUGCACAGCCGGUCAUCAACGUGACCAACGUCGAUCCGGACUCGAUGGCAGGCUCAAAUCCGGACGCGCUGCCGUUUGUCAUGCCGCUGCACACGGCCACGCCGGCGAUAUACGAGCUCGACGGAAGCCCAGCUAAUACGUACAACAUUGACGAUCCUCUCGUGAAUCUCUCGUCACUCGCGCCAUUUGCGCCCAAGAGCGCUGCAGCACGUGCGCGCGCCGCGGCCGCCACGGCAGAGGCCGGCUCGGGAGCACCCUCGCCACAUCUUGUGGGAGCGUCGUCGCCGUACUCAGCCGAGUUUGGCCCACGGACUGCCGCUGAUGGCACCGUGAACGAGGCCGACGACGACCGCCGCCGCCGGUCGUGGGCCUCGGUCUUCUGCUGCUGCUGCUGCCGCAGCUCAUCGAGCGUUACACCAGCAAGCAAGGUGCGUGCGUCGCGAUCGGCGGUCGAGAUCGGGAUGCUCGGCGAGGAAAAGACCGGCUCCAAGACUGUGUUCCACCCGAACGCGCGGGGGCACCAAAUCUUCGACCUCAUCAUCGCCAUUGUGCUCAUGUACAUGGUCAUGGUCAUCCCGUUCCGGGUCUGCUUCUCGGUCGAGGCAACAGGCUUCUUUUUUGUCAUAGAGUCGACGUUUGACGUCCUCUUUGUCAUCGACAUCAUUGUCAACUUCCGAACAGCCUUCUACCGCUCCGGCGUUCUUGUCACCUCGCCGCGUGAGAUCACAUGUAACUACCUCAAGGGCUGGUUUGCCGUCGACUUUAUCUCGGCGCUGCCCAUCGACCUUGUUCUCACCAUGACGGUCGACACCUCGUCGCGGAACUUGCUCCGGCUUCCCAAGCUUCUCCGCAUUCUCCGGCUCAUCCGGCUUGUCCGCAUGGUCCGGCUCUUCCGUCUCUCGCGCAUUUACCGAAAGUGGCAGGCCCACAUGCGGGUCAACUCGUCGGUCUUCAAGCUCAUCAAGCUCAUUGUCAUCCUGCUUCUGCAGGACGCCGAUGUGGUGACCUGGCUCGACGCUGCAGACAUGACCAACAAGUACGUGGUACGCCAGUACGUCAUCUCGUUCUACUUUGCUAUUUCAAUGAUCACCACCACCGGGUACGGCGACAUUGUGGGCGAGACGCUUGUCGAGCGCAUCUUUAUCAUCUUUGCGGUCGUGGUCGGCGUCUCUAUGUUCUCGUACGCUGUCGGUGAGAUGACCUACCUUGUCCAGCGGAUGUCGUUCAAUCCGACGCGCAAACGGCUGGACGAGGUCAACGUGUACAUGAAGUACCGCCAGCUUCCGCGCAAGCUGCGUGUCCUCAUUCGCGAGCACUACAUGUUCGCCUACACUCGGCACCGCGCGGUUCUCGAUGAGGCGCGCAUCCUUCGCGAGCUCUCCCCGGCUCUCCGGCUCACCGUCGCCCAGUUUAUCAUGGACGUCAAGCUCCGCAAUGUCUCGCUGUUCAAGAACGUCUCGCCCGAGUUUGUCACCGAAGUCAUCCUGCACCUCACCCCGCAGGCCGCCGCCCAGGGUGACCACAUUGUCCGCGAGGGACAGAUUGGCAAUGAGCUGUUCAUUCUCUCGCGCGGCAUGGUCGAGAUCCGUUCCGGCGACGGCAAGCUGGUGUACAAAACGCUCGGCUCCGGCUCGUACUUUGGCGAAAUUGCGCUCAUUUCCGACGACGCGCGGCGCACGGCCUCUGUUGUCGCCAUCACUCCAUGCGAUCUCGACGUGCUGCGCAAGGAAGACUUCCAGGCCAUCCUCGAAAAGUUCCCCAACGACGUCCCGCACAUCGACAUUGUGCCCACUGCUCGUCGCCGCCUUGCUGAAAUUCGCCGCGCGCUCGUCGCCGUCGACGAGCUCCCGCCGCCGGGCACCGGCUCGCUCGAUCCGUUGACUUCGAUCCAGAACCUGACUCGCUCCAGCACUGCGUCGGCCAUGGAGGGCUCGGCUGAUGACAACGCGACAGGACAGGCAGCCGAGCGUCCAAGCGCCGUCGCCCGGUCGUCGGCUGUUUCCGACUCGGGGCGCCCGCGGUCCUCGUCGCUCUUUCUCGGCAAUAUCUCACAGACCCGUAACCCCGAGUCGGUCCGUGACGGCCUGGUGGCCAUGGUCUCGGCCGCUGGCGACAAAAGCUCACUUCACGUCUCGAACGACCUGCUUUCGGCCAUCGACGAGACCUCAUGCGCCGCUUCUGCAGCUGGUACGUCGUCAGCGGGCAUGUCGACCCAUCCAUCGGCGAGCUCGGUUGUCAUGCGGAAGCCUCCAGCCAAUACCAAGAUCUCGCCGAAGCGCCCAGAUAAGUCGUCAGCAGUCUCGUCGGUACACUCGUCGUCGUUGUCCUCCUCAUCGUCGUUGUCGUCGAACGUCGUCUCGGAGGGCUCCAAUGACCUGCCUGGCGCCGUGUCGGCCGACGCCGGCUCGGGUAGGUCGACAGGAACUAGCCAUGCCACGCCGCGCCGGUUCGAGCGGGGCGCACUCAUGCGCGAAGCUUCAAACCCACGUAUGGCGGCCUCUCUGGUGCUAUCGUCGCACGGGCGCCGCGGCAAGAGCUCGUGGGGCCACCAGCGGAUGGGCUCGGGCUCUUUGAAGAAGCAGGUUUCCGAUGAUCAGGCCAGCUCAGCCGACGUUACACUCCUCUGCCAAGGCCGGCGGGCACAGGUCGCGAUUCCUGCCCAUGCUCGAAUGCUGGCCGGCGCCUUUGUGUGGCUCAAGCGCGAGGCUGUGCUCGCGCUCGGCAUCGACGCCACAGUUGCGCGGCUCGAGCUCUUUUCUCCAUCGGCCGGCACUGGUGGAUACAGCGCAAUGACCAAGUCGCUCGAGAACAUGCCUCCGGUCAACAGCGGUAUCCGCAUCCCCAUCCUGGACGAUACCGACGUGGCGAUGCUCAAGACCGGCGACAUGAUCGAGGUAUUCCCAUCCUCGAACCCGUAG